UUUUUUUUUACUUUUACUUUUAUUUUUUUUUUUCUCUCUCUAUUACCCAUUGUUAUAUAUCCGUCAAUGCCAUCUACCUUAUUAUUCCCUAACAUCAUUCAACCGGAAAAUAAAAGUCGCCAAGUAGUCAAUAGAUCAUCACAUCAAGAAGAAACUUGGUUAAAUCUAGUAUCAAUAGCACUUGGAUUUGGAAGACAGCGGAAACAUGAUGAGAAAGGAUGUCAACAAUGUGAUCUGGUGGCAAUGUAUUAUCGACAAGCAUUACAUGGAUCACGACAACAAGAACAAAGUGAUGAUGUACUUGAGCUCGUAUGGCAAAUGACCAAGAUGUUACUGGAACAUAUGGAAACAAGAUUAUAUCAUCAUUUGGAUUGGUUUGAUCCUAUGGCUCAUGAUCUUUGGAUGUAUGCAAAAUGGCUUAAGGAAGAUCAACCUGAAGAACCAGUGGAAAAUGCUAUUCGAAUCACGAUUUACCAUUGUCGUGCUGCUAUUUAUCAAUAUGAUGGUGGUAUGGAGAAUCUUUACAAGGCUAGACUUUAUUAUCGCAAAUGCUUGGCUCUGUCUACUUCCUUUGAUACUCAACAAGAUUUACAAAACAACGCUUCUAGUUUUCUUUCAGAUCAUCCCCUUGUCUUAGUUACCCCUACCUUUUCCCCAUCAUCAUCUAGUAGUUUACUUAGCAAUCAUCCUCCUUCGUUACAAUCUCCCACUUCUAUUAGUUCCACACCUUCCUCUAUCUCUUUAUCAUCAUCAACAACCUCUUCCUUUGCCAUCUCUGCUUGUGGUCAAUGUGGAUUGGAAAAGAAAGCCAUGCCUGUAUGUGCCAAAUGUAAAUACCAACGUUAUUGUAGUAUCAAGUGCCUGAAACAACAUCAACCUUCUCAUACUUUGGUCUGUCAAAAAUGAUUCUCCUCAUCUUUUUUUUUAGCUGCAUUUUAUUCAUUUAGUCUUAUCUUUAUCCCACUUUUUUUUUUCUUUCUCACAUGCUUAUUCUCACAUAUCAUAUCAAUAAAAGAAUCUCAACACAAAUUGUAUUUCUAUUUGUAGAUCGUAACAUAAAAAGAAAUCAUUUAGCGUCAUCACUUAUAUAUUUUACGAGAUAUUGUGUACAGG